AGUGCACAGCAUGAGUGUCAGUUGUGAGUUGUGUCCCUUUGCUCUCCUUGGCUCCUCCAUUCAUUUUCUCCCACUUUCUUCAAUCACAUCUUGAGAGUGAUUUUUCUCAGAUUCUUCUUAAACCUCAAAAUUCCCUCUCAAACAAUUUUAAGCAUAAAAUUAACUUUAAUCUUGUACUACAGAUACACAAACAAUAACCAAAAAUGCAACCUUUCUUUCAUAAUUAAUUCAUCAUCAUCCUCACUUUUAUUUUAAUCAUACCCAUAUAAUUCCCUCACUUUAUUGCUAAAAGAUUUCCUUGUCCCUCUCUCAAUCUCACAUUAUUUUUUCUAUGCAAACCUUACCAGACAAAACCCCACCAAAUCUAACUCUUCAUGUUCUUAUUCUUCUUCCUCCAUACUUCUUUCUUUCUUUUUUUAUUCUAAUACUUUAUGUUUAAAUGAAUUUCUCCAUUAUAUUUUCUAAGUAAGUUGUUAUACUUAUACUAUAAUAUAGUCUUUAUACACCCUUUGAAGUUUGAAGUCAAUAUAUAAAUAUUUAUUAUUUAUCCUCCUUAUGUGGAUCUCAGUCACACUUUCUCACUAAUUUAUUUAUUUUUCCUAAAUUUAUAUUCUAAAUUUUCAUUUUUGGGUUAUGGGCAGAUGUUAUUUUAGAAAAAGAUUGGUUUUUUUUUGGUGGGUAAGAAAAUAUAUAAUUUGAGAGUAGCAAAAGUGGGAAUUAGGUUUGAUCAAUGCAGAAAAAGCAGUUGAGAGGAAGAAGAAAGACAGUCAUUUCAAGUGGAGUUGACAGUGCUGAAGGAGUAUUACAUUGAUCUGAUGCUGACAAUUUUGGAAUAAUUUGGUCAGAUUAAGCUGCAAAUAAAAAUUGGUUGGUGGGGUUGUAGAAUAUGCCUCAAGACAAAAGAAGAUCAAUUAGUUAUAGAUCAUUUUUAACAUGUGAUGAUCCAAAAGGUGUUGAAUGUGGGGCAAUUAGAAAAUCAAAGAUCAAUUCUCAAAAAAAGGAGCAAGAUAAUAACAUCAUCAAUAAGGUUGAAGCUGGUGUAGCUAUAAUUAUUAAGGAGGAGAGAGAAAUAAAGGAGAUGGGAAGUAGAAAGAUCACAAGAGGGUUAGAAACCCCUGUAUCUUUUCAGCUACUAGAGGUAUCUAAAGAAGCUGAGAAGUUGAAUCAUGUGAUUAACUCUUGGUCUAAUGAGAAGAAGUUAAAGAAAAACCAACAUAAAAAUAGUAUUAUAGCUAAAGAUUUGUUGAGAGGAGCUCUUGAGCUUCAAGAGUCUAUAGCUAUGCUUGAAAAAUUGCAAGAAGCAUCGAGUUAUAUGAUGGGGUUGUCGCGAAAACAAAAGCAAAAACUCGAGGAAGGAACGUUCGAUGGCAUGGUUAGUGGUGUAAGGGAGUUUCAGAGACCUAGGAAAUCAUUUGAUGAGAUGAGGAAUGUUGUUAGAGAUAGUCUUCUUAGGCAAAAUAUGAUAACAAAUCCUGUAUUUGAGGAACAUUAUUAUGAUCAUAGAAAGAUGGGUUCUCCUGAUAUGAUGCCUUCUACAAGUUCGAGUACUCAAUCAUCGAUGGUCUAUUCGAGUAAUUUUGUUCCCUCAGAAUCUUCGGUCUCAUCAUCAACGUUUUCUAGAAGUAAAAAGGAAAGAGACUCGAGUUUGAUAGUUAAACUUAUGGGUCUAGAAACAUUCCCUUCGAGUCCUAGGAAACAUGGGGAAAGGGAGAAAAUUCUGAAUCUGGCAAAGCCUUUGUAUGAUAUUGAUUCUCCCAAGGCAAGGAGGCCUCAGUUAGGUGCUCAAGAGGUGGGUAUGAAGCAAAGAAGUGUAGAUGAAAUACUUGAGAAAUUGAAAUUCAAGGGUUUUCUGAAAAAUAAUUCUGUGAAUGGUCUGACAAUUGAUUCACCGGAGUCUGAAGUUUUCGCCUCGAAUAAUAGCCGAGUUGAUGAAAGAACGCCUAUUGUUGUUAUGAAACCUCUGCGCUAUCCUUGUAUAGACCUAGAUGAGCCAUUUAAGCUGAAGUUUCAGGGAGACAAUGUCAUGAGAUCAAGAUACAGUAGAGGAUCUUAUCAAGCAAGUGUCAAAAAUGAAGCUGGAAACUUCAGUGAGAAGUAUGAAACAGUUGGAGAAGUUAAUUAUGAAGAAAAAGCCAAGUCCGUAAAAAAGGUUGCAUCUGCUAAGGCAAAACCACAGAAGAAGCAAGCAGAAGUGAAAAAAGCAGGUGAAUCUGAGAGGGUUAUGUCUCCUACUAGAAGGAAAGUUGAAGUGAAGAAAGAUGUAAAAGCAAGUGAUCAGUUGAGUUCUCGAGACCAGGAAAAGUUCAAUGCAGCAAAGAUUAAAAAGGAAAAAGAUGGAAAAUCUAUUUCCAAAAACCAGAUUUCCAGUCGACAAAAGACUACUACGACUUCCAUGUUGGAUCAAAGGAAACGGGGAACAUCAGAACGAAAAAAGAACAGACAACCAGCUGUAGUUCUUGAGGGAAAGCGGAUCCACAAAGGUGAAAACAAUGAAAGUGAAGCUUUCCAUAGGAAGGAUAUUGAUUCAGCGGGUGAGAAAUGUGUUUUGCCCACGAUAAACAACAUAAUUGGUGAUAACAACAACAACAUUACUGAAAGGUGUCAAAAUCAGAUCAGAGAUUAUGAUAUUGACUACCAGUAUAACCUGCGAGAAACUCCCGGCAUUUCGUAUCUUCCAAACGACAAGAAGAUUUCACAUUUUGAUGACAAUCAAAGCUCUUAUUCUGAAAUAACAUCAGUGUCUACCAGCGAAUGUUGCAAUGUAGAUCAGCUCGAUGAGACUCAGAGUCCUCUUCAUGAAGUUACCUUAAUAACUACCCAUGAAAAUGGUAUUGCAGUUCACCAUGAUACUAAUCAGGAAGUAACAAAAAGCCCAGAAAAUGGCCUGGAAUCACCCAGAAAACCAGAUGAUGAAACUUCGGGACAGUGUCUCAAUCCCCAUAUGAAGCUAAAAGCAUUGCUUUUAAGCAACUCAUUGUUUAAUACCCAUGUAGAGGAGCUCUUCAAUAUCCAAGUCAAUCCCGAUUCAACUCCAAUAUUAGUUGAUGAAAGUGAUCAAGAUUUAGAGAACACGAGAUUACUGAUAGAUUGUGCAAACGAGGUCUUGGAACUCAAGAGCUCGCAUUUUUUGCUAGCAUAUGUGCCUCUUCCACGAACCUACACAAUGAAAUCACGUGAGUUUUUUACGUUGGAUUGCCUGAUGGAGGAAGUAUGCAAUGCAAUUAAGGAUUUAAGAUGCUAUUCGAGGCCGAAAAUUGACGAGUUUCCCUCAGACGAUCUCUAUGAUUUGCAAGACCGAGAUUUGAGGUUCAAGAGUGGAACAUGGGCAGUUGGUUGGAGAAGUAUGUGUACUCAAGAGGAAGUUGAACAAGUUAUAGGUGAAAUUGAUAAGUUUGUCUUAGGUAAGUUGAUUGAGGAAGUUCUUAGAGAUUUUAUGCUAUAGUUCAUCCUACAUUUUGCUUCCUUUAGUUGUUUUUUAAACCUUUAUGAGAUUCAAAUAGAAAGUGGGUAUAUGCUAAAAUUUGUAAAUAAGGAUCAUAUUGUUGAUACAACAGUUGGUAGGCCAAGCAAAGGUGUCUUUUCCCUGAUAAAUAAAUAUUUCAUUGAAUGAUUCUUUAC